UGGCGCUGGACGCUGCAGCGGCCGGAGCCGCUGGAGCUCCGCGCCCACCGAGACCCAGACGGCGGCGGGCACCCCGACAGCGUCCGGCUCGGCGGCACCAUGAACGGCUCGGGGGUCCCGGGGGCCGAGGACGCGAGGGAGGCGGGUGGCGGCGGCUGGCAGCCGGAGGCAGUUAUUGUGCCCGUGCUCUUCGCGCUCAUCUUCCUCGUGGGCACCGUGGGCAACGCGCUGGUGUUGGCCGUGCUGCUGCGCGGCGGCCAGGCCGCCAGCACCACCAACCUGUUCAUUCUCAACCUGGGCGUGGCCGACCUGUGUUUCAUCGUGUGCUGCGUGCCCUUCCAGGCCACCAUCUACACCCUGGACGGCUGGGUGUUCGGCUCGCUGCUCUGCAAGGCCGUGCACUUUUUCAUCUUCCUCACCAUGCACGCCAGCAGCUUCACUCUGGCCGCCGUCUCUCUGGACAGGUAUCUGGCCAUCCGCUACCCGCUGCACUCCCGCGAGUUGCGCACACCCCGCAACGCUCUGGCGGCCAUCGCGCUCAUCUGGGGGUUGUCGCUCCUAUUCUCUGGGCCCUACCUGAGCUACUACCGCCAGUCGCGGCUGGCCAACCUGACCGUGUGCCACCCGGCGUGGAGCGCGCCUCGCCGCCGCGCCAUGGACCUCUGCACCUUCGUCUUCAGCUACCUGCUGCCAGUGCUGGUGCUCGGCCUGACCUACGUGCGCACGCUGCGCUACCUCUGGCGCGCAGUCGACCCGGUGGCCGCCGGCUCGGGCGCCCGGCGCGCCAAACGCAAGGUGACACGCAUGAUCGUCAUCGUGGCGGCGCUCUUCUGUCUCUGCUGGAUGCCCCACCACGUUAUCAUCCUCUGCGUUUGGUUCGGCCGCUUCCCACUCACGCGCGCCACUUACGCGCUGCGCAUCCUCUCGCACCUCGUCUCCUACGCCAACUCGUGCGUCAACCCCAUCGUCUACGCGCUGGUCUCCAAGCACUUCCGCAAGGGCUUCCGCAAGAUCUGCGCGGGCUUGCUGCGCCGGGCCCCGCGCCGCGCCUCGGGCCGCGUGCGCAUAUCCGCGCCAGGCACCCACAGCGGCAGCGUGCUAGAGCGCGAGUCCACCGACCCGACGCACGUGAGCGAGGCGGCCGGGCCCCCAGACCCCGCCCCGGCACCUCCCAGGGGCCCGGCCUCGAGCCCCGCCCCCCGCCCGCCCUGGCGGGCACUUAGGGGGUACGAUUAG